AUGGGCAGAUAGCGAAACGCCCUGUAACAUACAAAGUAGGAAAUACGAUAUUGAAUUGACGUUGAAAUUUUUUGUGUAUUUUUUUUGCGGGAUGUCAAAUGUUUUUUCCCUGGACAUCAAUUGACGUGUAAGUCAAAAAAAUUUAUACCGCAAUUAGGAAAUGAGUUGGCGCUUUAUUUAUUAGUCACAUCAACUUUCAUAUAUCAAGACACGUCUAUUAAUUUGUUAUUCAUUUAAUAUUUAAUUUAUUCAAUAUUUUUUUAUUUAGAGGUUAAAUAUUGAGAGAAGGUAAUGUAAUAACCCAAAUAAACAAUGCAGUUACUUCACAUAGCCUAUGUGCUCGUUGCACUGGCAUGCAACUAUGAAGCCGUGCCACUGAGUUCAAAUCUACAACAGACUAUGGACGUUGUCUUUGGAAAAAAUAACAUACCUAAUAAUUCUAAAUUUGGUAAGCUGGGGCGUGAUAUUUCAUCAGCGAAGAGAUAUAUGAUAGGUUUAUAUCAGUAUAUGAACAAAACAGAAUGCAGUAUGGGCCAGUGUUUCAACAAGAGUGUCAUUGCAUCCACAGACAGUGAAAACAUGGUGCAUGACGCAGACACAAUUGUCAGUUUUGUUCAUCACCCUUACAUUCCGCGUCCAAAUAUAAGCGACGAAGAGGGAGCAGUUUUCUUUAAUGUGGAAUCGAAUUUUAACAACGAGGAUACGAUCAAAUCAGAAAUUCGUAUUUACUUAAAUACUUCACAGAAAACAAUAGAAGGUGCUACUUUAAGACUGUCGGUAUUUGAAAUAGUUAUACCUAAAACAAAAUACACCAUGUUGGCUUCUAAGCUUGUUAAUGCCACCGAAUCUUCUUGGCACGAGUUUGACGUUUUAAGAGCUACAUCAACAUGGAACGAUGAGCCAUCACAAAACAAUGGGUUGUUGAUUGUCUGUGAAACACUCGAACGAAAGAAAACACCUCUGAAGGAGUGUGGUCUCAUAGAUGUAAAAGGCGAAGACGAUUAUCGCCCAUUUUUAGUCUCGUUUUACCAGUCAGACGAAGAAGAACAAGAAGAGUAUUUGGCAGAACAACUUCCAGAGAACGAAAACAGUACUAACACGAGAACGAGGCGCAGUUUAAACGAUCUCUUUAAACAAGCUUCGAAAAAUGUGCCUGGUUUCUACGAGCGCGAAGCAAACCGGUUUACAUGCAGGAAAAUUCCACUCUACGUUACUUUCGAAGCGUUAAAAUGGACGGACUGGAUCAUCGCACCAGAGGGUUACAAAUCAUACUACUGCGGAGGAGAGUGUAAAUUUCCUUUGCAUCAUAACUCGAACGCAACCAACCAUGCAAUUAUACAAACAUUAGUGCAUUCCUUAUCUCCUAAAAGGGCUCAUCCGCCAUGUUGCGCUCCAUCGCGGUUGGAACCGCUUACAGUUUUGUACGUAAAUAAUGACGAAAACGUUGUUAUUAAAAAAUUCUCCAAUAUGAUAGUGAAUGACUGUGGUUGCCAAUAGCGACGUCAGUUUUAGUAAUGGUAGCAAAAACAUCGUUUUCAAAAGCGCUAUCAUUCAUAACAUCCUCGUACCCAGCGUCUGAUUCUUCAUCGCAACUGUCAGAAGCUCACAAACAACAUUCCAACAAAAUAGUCACUGAGAUCUUCUGUUCAUGAUAUCGAUAUAUCGAUGUAUCGUAAAACGCAAGAAAAAAGCUAGAACACUUACAAUUUACAAAGUAUAAGCGACCCUGUGGAAAGAGACACAAAUAUGGAAACGAAGCUGCUUGAGAUAAUUACCCAGGGUUCAAAAGAUUGUGCUAAACUGUAAAACAUACAUAAAUAAUAAUUAAAAAAUAAUAACAAGUUAAAUAUAUUUCUGUUAAACUUCAAUAAUUUUAUUUCAAAUCUGACGAAAUGGUUUGGAAAAUGGAGGGGGUAAUUUAGGCAGUACAGCGCGUAAAUAGAAAAUUUUAAAAUUUAAUACUUUCAGAUUGGUUAAAACGCUGUUGAAAUUCUAUAAAAGUUUUUUAAAAGCUAUCGCGCUUAGGAAUUUUUUUCUUUAAUUUGAAAAACUUACACUGUGAAAUUAAAAUAAAAGUUAAAAAUGUCAACCUGGUUUCCAGAGCUCUUUUGUAUAUCACCGUAUCGAUAUAAAAAAAUAAACUGAGGGCUCUAUGAACUAGGUUUUGUACACGUAGCACUUUACUAUAUAUAAAUUCCCAUUAUAUUAGUUUCACAAAAAACUAGCGACACUUUUUCCAAAUUCAUGCAUUUCGUUUAGGUUAUAUGACGACUUCAAAAAUGCACAGAGACAGACAGAUAGACAACUAAUAUUAAGAUUUAUGGAACUUGUUUUCCAUCUGCUGUUUAUUCACGUUUAGACUG